CCUUUUGGCGGUAAAUUUACCUCCCUCAGCCUCGGGUUCUUUUUCUGGUUGUGUCCAUGGAUGCCCAAGGAUUUCGUCCUCCUCAGUUCUCCGAGGAUUUAGCCUGGGCUCCUGAUUGGGUUCAGAAUCAGGUGGAACAAUUUGGUGGGUGCAUAAAGGAACCUUUUGGGUCUUCGAAGCUUGCAUCAAAGGAUCUCACAUCAUUGCAAGGAAACAUUUGCGCUGAAAAUGAUGUAGCUUUGUUGUCAAGGGAGGAAGGUAUUCAUGACCACUUAUACUUGUUCAUUUCUGGAGAAGACAAUCCAUCAAUGAGUUUGGCUUCAUCUCAUGGAAAUGUGCUUCAAUUUCUUCUCCAUCUCUCGUCGGAUGAAAGUGCACAAUGUGUCCCCUCUCAAAUUUUGGUUUCAGAUGCAUCUCAACCUGUUUCUAGAUUUAUUCCCCCAGUGCAACAAUUUGAAAAUCCCAUUGCUCUAAAAGAGAAUAUUUGGCCUAAAAUAAGCUGCAAUGCUGGUGAUCUAGAUAUGCAUCCUAGAAAUUCCAAGCCAGAACCUUGCCAAAAGUAUCCUGGCAAUAGCAAGAGUCCUCUGAGGCACUACGGAGAGUUCAAUGUUGGACAUCUUAAAGAUACUGAAAUGUAUGAUGCAGUUGAACUCUCAAUCGCAGCAUCUGAAGCAUUGGUUAUACAUGAAAUAGCAAAUAGUAGGUCAGACGUAGAAGAAAUAAUUUCAACAGAUUUGCUGGAAGUUACCCUUCGGGUGAAGCAGGCACGAUUGGAAUGGCUAGAAGAUUCAUUUGAUUUCUCCACCAAAGAAAAUGGUGAUCUUGAUUCUCUCUCAGACUUGGAUGAUUUUGCAAUGACAGAUGCUUUUGAAGAUGUAGGAUUGACGUGUGAUACUUAUGAUCUUCAAGUUAAUGGCUCUGCUAUUUCUCAUGUUGAAGAGACUCCUGCCUCUGAAAAUUGCUACAGAUAUGACAAUCAUUCUGUCAGCACUGAACUUUGGGCUCAGCAAGUCAAUUUUGAUGAUACUGCUACACCAAAGCAGUUUGAAAAUAAUUUAAAGAUAGAUGCAGUAGAAAGAAUGGAUUUGCCUUUAGAAUCUCUUGAUUGUGAGAGGCAAAAUAAUUUUUCUGACGAUCCUAUUCCUAGUUUAAAUGCCACCACCACAGCUAGUAAAAAUGAUUCAUCAACACCAAAAAAUCCAUGUGUUGUAGAUACGGCACAGGCAGUUGGCUCAUCUGCGGUAGAUCGGACUUCAUCUCAGCUGCAAACCAAAGAACAAAGUGCUUCUCAUGAAUCAAAGUUAGAGGAUGCCAGAGAAGAUAGGGUUACUUACCUAGUUUCAGAAAGAUUUCAAAGUCGAUGGUUAGGUGGCUGGUCAACAAAGAAGGAAGUAGAUGCAGCCAUUGCGUUGUCUACCUUUCAGAAUGAAGUAGAUGCUUCUGCACGGUUAAAGCUGAAUAAUGCCAAGAUUAUCAUGAAAGCAUUUGCUUGUGAGACAAGCUUACUGUCAGAGUCAGCAGACAUUGCUCCGGAUGCAAACUCUUUAGUUCCAAUACAUGAGUUCAAGUCCCAUGGAGGGUCACAGUCAAGUAUAAACAAUGCAGGUUUGCUUGACAAAGAAAAUCAAAGGAUAAUAAUUUCUCAAGAUGUUGUGAAAUCUUCAAGUUCUUCUUUGGGCGAUCCUCUCUGCUUGGUUGUUCCAUGCAGUAUUUCCUUAGAUGAUACCAACUCUGUUGAAGUUCAGAAUCAGGGUGAUAUGGAAAAUGGUAAUGAAAGAGACUUCAGAUCCACUGUAGAACUUGAAAUAGAAAAUUCACGCAACCUCUCAAAAGUAAAUGUUGAAUUUCAGUGUGGGAACACAGACAUAGUUAAUAAAGGUUCUGAAGGUAUAGUUAGAAGACAGCUUACUUCACUCAAGACAUACAGUAUGCUUUUUCCACAAAAUGUUUCUGCAUCUAAUGGGAAAAGUGUUCACUAUAAUCAAUCAUUUCAAUCACAAAGUUGUGAGCCGUGGAAAGAUCUUGCUUUCAAUCAGAAUAUGAAUUGCAUUAGUGGUUCUGAUAAAAGGAGUUCUAAGCAGUUGCCACUCUUCAAUUCUGUCUGCAAUUCUUUUGCUGGAAACAAGAAUGAGGAAGUUUGUGAAACUAUGGUGAAUGGGAAUUCAGUUGACAAAGUGAAAAAGCUAACACACCCGCAGUUAGCUUCUGGACCUUCUAUUUUAAAAUCCAAUGGAUAUGUGCAUCCUGAACAAGAACCACAUCCAGAUGGUGUUAUCAAAUUUCAACAAAUAUUAGGACUUCAAAAGAUACAAUCAAACCACAAGAAUUCCCAUGAUAGACACUUUCCUGCUCGAAAGAGAGUUCGUUUCUCUGAAGAAGGACAAAUUAAACCAAGGAAGAGCAUUCAGGAGCUGCAUUCUUCUAAAAGAAAUUGCUCAACUAUGGUUGCAAGCAAAAAGAUCAAGUAUAUCGGUAAAAGGUCAAGCUAUCAAAUCGAAAAAGGUUUUCUUGGUUGUUGCUCUCAGGUUGGUAAGGGAUUGAUAUUCCAAGGCAUACAAUUUUUGCUAACAGGAAUUUCUAGUCAGAAGUCUAAGGAUGUUAAACGACAAAUACAGAAACAUGGUGGUAUUAUUCUCACUGAUAUUCCUUCUCCUCCAAAUUCAAGGAGAAAAAGAUGGUCAAGAAAUUAUUGGUACCAGCUUCCUAUUGUCUUAUCCUCAAAAAAGCAACAAACUAUCAAGUUCUUGUAUGGAUGUGCAGUAACUGCUUUAAUAUUGAAGGUUGAUUGGGUUACUGAUUCAGUUGGAGCAGGGUUUAUUGUAGCACCUGAGAAAUACAUGAUUCUACCAUGGCAAGAUGUACAUAGUAGCAGAGUUGAGAAGCAAGAUCAUGAUGACAAAAAUAAUAGUAUCUUCGACAAAGUAGGAAUCUUGCUUCAUGGGAAGCCAAAUUUUUGUACCAAAUUGUCUAAAAUAGUCAAGCAUGGUGGCGGGAAAGUGUUUAAGAUCCUUCAUUGGUUGGUCCAUAAUCUGGACAAGAAACAGAUUAAUGCGGGAGUUAUUGUUACUGAGGAUGAGAACACGACAUCACGCCAUUUAAGGCAAUGUGCCAAUGAACGGCAGAUACCAAUGAUGCCGGCUGAUUGGAUAGUGAAGAGUCUACAUUCAGGAAAACUUCUUCCCUUUGCAGAAUGAAUACUAUUUCUUGUCAAGUUUAAUGGUUACAUAGAUUCUCAUUUACCAAACAACCAGAUGAAGAAGUAUAAAUCUGCUGCUCAAAGCUCUGCUUAGCAGGCUCAUGUUAUGGAAUCUUAAGCUGAUAUUGGACCCCACCAGACAAGAUUGCAAUGCAAGUAAAAUCCAUUACAAGAGUGAGUGUGCCCUUUGUGUUUGAAAACCUAACCACCUCUUGAGCUGUUGGUCUGUUAGCCUCAGAGAGUCCAAUUUUUAUAAAUUACCUUAACCCAAACUCCAAACCUAAAGGAAGAGACAGAGUGAGGAAGACAUGAAAUCUUUUGUGCUUUGUCUUUUUUUUUUCUUCUUAAUAAAUGUAUUAUAUGUAUAUGGGUAUAACUAUGCCUUGUAUAUAUAUGUGUAUUUAGCAUAGUUUGAAAUGUACAAAUAAAUUAUAUUUAAUAUCUAUAAAGAUUCUGCAUGAAAAAAGAAAAGAAAAGAACUUGGAGGUGGAGGUGGCUGUAUUGAUGUGGUACUUCUUCUCCAUCUGUCAUAAU